GCGUGCAGCUGGGACGAGCCGGGGCUGCAGUCUUCUUCAAAGAUUCUUUUCUUAAAAAAUAAAUUAAAAAGAAGAAAAGAAAAUGAGGAAAAAUGCACAAAAGUGGCAAAGAACUUCUAAAAGUGAACCAUAUUGAUGAGAUCUUUUUCAUGUAACUACAUUCCAGUAGUUUAACUUUUUUUCAUAAACAGUAUUUCCUGAAACAUGGAUGAUGAUGAAUUUGGAGGCUUUGAGGCAGCUGAAGCCUUUGAAGGUGGAAAUGGUGAACCACAGGCUACUUCUCCUGCUAUUCCUUGGGCAGCAUUUCCCACAGUUUCUGAAGUCCACAUUCAUCAAGCAGUUUCUACGGACGUUUUCCAGGAGCAGCCUUCCACUUCUGUCUGCUUUGUCUCCUCUGACCCAUCCAAUUCAUCCGGGGAUGAUAUUCUGACAGAUGGUCAACCAUCAUCCAGCACUUUACAUUUAACUGAUCAUAAAGAGCAGAAUCCAUUGUCGAUCAGUCCUCCUUUGGAAGUACCACUUUCCUCUUUGAGUCUAUCUGAAGAUUUGGAAACAGCAACCAAUGAUGAUGAGAAAGUGGGGUUAAAUGAACCAAAGAGACAUCUUGAACAAACACUUACAAGUCUAGAAGUUAAACUAAAAGCAGCUGAUGAAGAAAAAUGUAGAAUAAAAAAGGAAUUAGAAGAUUUAUUGAACAAAUAUAGAAUGCUGGAAACGGAUUUCCUGAAAGAUAAGGAGGAAGAAUUAAUUUCUCACCAGGAUAGGUACAACAAACUCCAGGAAAAACAUAAGCUUGAGUUGGAAGAUAUGAGAAGAGCUGGUCAUGAAGCCUUGACUAUUAUUGUGGAAGAAUUCAAGGCCCUACUACAGUCUACAGUUCAGCAACGUGAAGAAGCAAUUGAAAAGCAGUAUGUAUCUGCAGUUGAAAAACAGGCAUACAAGUGUGAAGAAAUGCUUAUUGCUCAGCAUCAAAGGCUUCUUGAUAUGCUAGACAAGGAGCGCAAAAUGUUAGAAGAAAAAAUGGAAGAAUCCAUGCUGGAACGAUCACAGGAAUUUAAGGAAAUGCUGGAAAAAUAUAUGGCGAAUGAAAGGGAAAGCAAUAAGGAGGCCUUGGCAGCUGCUGCAAAGGUUGAAAAAGAAAACAUGCAGGCUGCCAUUUUAACAGCUGUAAAAGCAGAACGAGAAAACAUGGAAAAGCUUCAUGCAGUAGAAAAGGAAGUAUGGCAAGCAGAACAAAACAAAGAUCGUGAAAAGGUUGCUCAAGCAAUUCAGGAUGCAAUACAAGAGCAAAGACAAAACAGUCAGGCAAUUAUACAAGCAGCAAUAAUGGAAGAGCAAAAGAAAAGUGAAAAGGCUAUAGAAGAAGCUGUGAAGCAAGCAAGAGAAGAGUUGAUGGAAUAUAUCAAAGAGCAAAAAAGACUUGAUCAAGUCAUCCGUCAACGCAGCCUGUCCAGUUUGGAACUGUUCCUCUCCUGUGCACAGAAACAACUGAGCUCUUUGUUGCAGGAAGAACCUACAACUACAGAGGCAGAGCAAAAGAAAAUGCCCCUCUAAGUGGACAUUAUUUAUGAAGCUCCUAAUCUGAAUUCUGCAGGGAAUCUCUCUGACACAUUAGGGAUUAGGUUUUUGAUUCAGGAGCAGUCUGAUGGCUUCAAUUGUUCGGAACAGUUAUUGUUCGAUAAUUAGUUAUUGGUUUUUGUAAGCCACUUAAAAUCUAGUCAAAUGAUGUAUUCCAGGAUAAUGAGAUUUACAGUGACAAACUUGGCCACAAAGGGCUAAAGUGGAUGUGAUGUUAAACACUUCAUUGUCUAGUUAGGGGCUUAUUUUUACUGUAAAGUAGCAGCUGUAUAGAGGGAAUGGAACCAGAUCCAGAUCAGAACCAUGACACAAAGAUAUGGGGGUGUUUAAACCUUUAACAACACACCAUUUUAAUGUCAACCCUACCCCCACGCAACACCCCCCCCCGAUGCUGCUAUGGUCCCCCAAAAGUAUUAUUUGCUACAGAGGGAUUUUCAGAGUUGACCACCACAGAGGUAAAGGAUUAAACACCCCUACCUCAAUACAAUAAUCCAGCCCCCUCAAAACUGCUAUUUUACAAUAAAAAUAAGCCUCUCUAGACAAUGUUGCAUUAAAUGUUGCAUCUAGUUUGGUCCACAGUUUGAGUAUAGCUGAAUAAUGCAGUAAUUGGUAGGACUAUAGUCAUUCUCUCUUUAUCAGCAACAGAAAGUGGGGGGAUAUUUCAGCAAGAAUCCUCCCCCAUAAAAUGGUUUGGAAUUAGCAAAAGCAGUGGUGAUCUUGGGGUUUUUUAUUUAAUUAAGUGGGGAAAAAGCUCUCCAGAAUAGCAGGCAGCAAAAGCUCUACUUGUCUCUCCACCAGCACCAUUUUCUUUCCCAAAAUACACUGGGGAAAGAUGUGGUAUGUGAUGGCAUGUCUUUUCCUGGUGCAUUCCAGAAGGCAAAUGAUGCCAGCAGGGAGAUAAGUAACUCCUCUGCCCUUGCAGUCCUUUGCCCCAGAAAGCUUUUUUAUACUGAAGAAAGCAAGAAGCAUCACUCUCAGUAAGUUCCCCAUAUCCUUGAAAUUCCCUGAAGCUUUCAUCAGGCCCUCUCCCAAAGGUGCAGGGGUUCUGACACACAUUCUGGCAAAUUGCUAUGGUCAAGUAUUUCAGACCCAGCCCUAGCAAUUGGCAGUUCUCAACUGAAUAAAGAAUAUUAAAUUUCCUGAAGGGAAGCUCAGAGGCCUGUUCGUUUAGGGUACUAAAUUUAUUUAGCAUCAUGCUGGAUGCAUGUAAAGCAAACCCAUUUGGCUUCUAACAAAUUAUGGGAAAAUUAAUCUGUAUUUCUGGAAAAAACAAGGUUUAAAACUUUAUUCAAUAUUAAGGUCAACUAAAUUGUAGGAGCUGUUUUCCGAUGUAUGUUUGAGUCUUCAAAGACAUUGGUCAGAAUCUAAAGGGCUGAUUUAGGCCUGCCAGUGUUUUGGAACACUAUAGUCUUGAAGAAAAUCUCCUUGGUUACAAAAGCAGUUUGCCAUUCCAUUUCUUUGUGAAACCUAAGCCCACAAACCUCCUUGGGUGCACAGAAAUCAUUGUGCCGUUGUUUGCAUCCUGGCUACUAUGAUUCAGAAGCAUAUUAAGUGUAUGGGAGGAGAUGCUGAAAGUUUGUUGAAACCAAUGAACUAUCUAGCACAGGAGUGAGCAAACCUGGCCGUCUCGCUGUUGUUGAACAACAGCUCCCAUCAUCCCUAGCCAGAUUGUGGUUUGGGAUUAUGGGAGUUGUAGUUCAACAACUGGAUGGCCAGGUUUGCCCACCCCGAUCUGGCAGAUUGAAUGGACAAUCAAAAACACAUAUCUAAAGGGCUCCAAGUCCUCAAAACAGCUUUGUUAGCAAAAGCCACGGGGUUGAUUAAAUGAGAAGGUCUUGAGAUUUUUUAAGCUUUUUCAUAGGUGUAAUGAAUGUUAUGAGAAAUCAUCGCUGAGUUAAUGUUAACAUGAUUAUAAACAUUCAGUUCUAUAUAAUUAAUACUGACAUUGAAAUAGCUGUCUUAAAUACUUUAAUUUUCAUACAAAAUAUACUUGCAUUUAGCAAUAAAUACACUCUGAAACAA